GCUACAGAAAUGUUUUACGGCGGUAAGGCUGUAUAACAUUGUGGCUUCUAUUUCUGAUUCAUAAUACAUAUAACCAAAAAUUUGCAGCAAUUAAGGAAAAAUAUAUUAGUUUUCAAUUUAAAAGAAAAAGAAAUCAAACAGUCGCUUCGCAGUGAAUAUAGUCAAGCGGCCUAUUUCCUUGUUCUACAUAUAAAAAAAGAGAUAAAAAACAAUCAAUAUGACGUGGGAGCCGAGUGCAGAUGGUUUGCAACAAAUCAUAACUAUUCUUAAGGAAUCACAAUCUCCUAAUACGGCAACACAAAUGGCAGUCCAUAUGAAAUUGGAAGAAUUGAACCAUUAUCCUGAUUUUAACAAUUAUUUGAUUUAUGUUCUAACCAAAUUAAAAACUGAAGACGAACCUACCCGCUCAUUAAGUGGGUUGAUAUUGAAAAACAAUAUUAGAACUCAUGGCAACAACCUACGUCCAGAAAUUGUGGAAUAUAUCAAACAUGAAUGUUUGCAGGCAAUUGGUGAUCCCUCGCCCCUUAUAAGAGCCACUGUGGGAAUUUUAAUAACAACAAUAGCCAGCAACGGUGGUUUGCAUAACUGGCCUCAAUUGCUGCCAUCAUUGUGUGACAUGCUAGAUUCGCAGGACUACAAUGUUUGCGAGGGUGCAUUCAGUGCUCUCCAAAAGAUCUGCGAAGAUCAUGCAGAGGUCUUGGAUUCCGCAGCGCUUAAUAGACCACUGAAUGUUAUGAUACCGAAGUUUUUGCAAUAUUUCAGUCACAAUAGUCCAAAAAUAAGAUCACAUGCGAUUGCAUGUAUCAACCAAUUCAUAAUGAUACGCUCUCAAGCUCUGAUGUUGCAUAUUGACACAUUUAUUGAGAGUCUUUUUAACUUGUCUUCAGACGACGAUCAUGAAGUACGAAAAAAUGUUUGCCAUGGCCUUGUAAUGUUGCUUGAAGUGCGAAUGGACCGUUUACUACCACAUAUGCCUCAGAUUAUAGAAUACAUGUUAAUGAGAACCCAAGAUUCCGACGAAGGUGUCGCACUAGAAGCGUCGGAGUUUUGGCUCUCCUUAGCGGAACAAAGCAUAUGUAAGGAAGUUUUGACACCUUAUCUCUCCCAACUGGCACCAGUUUUAGUGAAGGGAAUGCGCUAUUCCGAGAUUGAUAUAAUACUUCUCAAGGGAAAUGUUGAAGAGGAUGAUAUGGUACCUGACCGCGAAGAAGACAUACGGCCAAGAUUCCAUAAAUCAAGAACUCAUACAAUAAAAUCCAAUGAAGCUGUUGCCAGCGGGGAUGAUGAUGAUGACGAUUUCGAUGAUGGUUUGGAUGAUGAUAGCUCUUUAUCGGAAUGGAACCUGAGAAAGUGCAGUGCAGCAGCACUAGAUGUUCUAGCCAACGUGUUCCGCGAAGAUUGUUUGCCUAUCGUUCUUCCCAUUUUGAAGGAUACACUGUUUCAUCAAGAUUGGGUAAUAAAAGAAAGUGGUGUUCUGGCACUAGGCGCUAUCGCAGAAGGCUGUAUGCAAGGCAUGAUCCCUCAUUUACCCGAAUUAAUACCCUAUUUAAUAAGUUGUCUGUCAGAUAAAAAGGCACUUGUACGUUCCAUUACUUGCUGGACGUUGUCACGAUAUGCUAAUUGGGUCGUUAAUCAGCCACACGAUCAAUAUUUAAAACCACUAAUGGAGGAACUACUGAAACGUAUUUUGGAUUCAAAUAAGCGUGUGCAGGAAGCGGCUUGUUCAGCUUUUGCUACACUGGAAGAAGAAGCUUGCACUGAGCUAGUUCCCUAUUUAGAAUACAUUCUACAAACUUUGGUAUUCGCAUUCUCAAAAUAUCAACAUAAAAAUUUGUUAAUCCUUUAUGACGCAGUUGGCACUUUAGCCGAUUCAGUAGGGCACCAUUUGAAUAAACCACAGUACAUCGAUAUAUUGAUGCCCCCUUUAAUAGAGAAAUGGAACCUUCUGAAAGAUGAUGAUAAAGAUUUAUUUCCAUUGUUGGAAUGUUUGUCUAGUAUAGCUACUGCUUUACAAUCUGGAUUUCUGCCGUAUUGUGACCCAGUGUACAGACGGUGUAUAUCAUUAAUUGAGCAAACAAUUAAUCAAGAUAUGGCUUACAAGCAAAAUCCAGGAAUUGAUCAUCCUGAUAAAGAGCGUAUGAUUGUAGCAUUAGAUCUGCUCUCCGGUCUGGCUGAAGGAUUAGAUGGUCAUAUUGAGUCGUUGGUUGCUAAUAGUACCAUUAUGCAGUUGUUAUAUCAGUGCAUGCAAGACGCCCUUCCGGAAGUCCGGCAGUCUUCAUUUGCGUUGCUGGGCGAUUUAACUAAAGCCUGUUUUCAACAUGUUCACCCAUUUAUGUCUGAAUUUUUUCCAAUUUUGGGACAAAAUCUAAAUCCAGAUUACAUUUCUGUUUGCAACAACGCAACAUGGGCUAUUGGAGAAAUUUGUAUGAAGCUAGGCGAAGAAACCAGACAGUUUAUUCAUCUGGUUCUAAAAGAAUUGAUAGUAAUCAUAAAUCGACCAAACACGCCCAAAACUCUUUUGGAAAACACAGCUAUUACUAUUGGUCGUCUAGGUUAUGUGUGUCCAGUUGAAGUCGCUCCUUAUUUGCCAGAAUUUGUAAGACAGUGGUGCACUUCUUUGCGCCAUAUAAGGGAUAAUGAUGAAAAGGAUUCAGCAUUUCGUGGCAUGUGUCAUAUGAUAACCGUCAAUCCAGCGGGCGUUGUGCCAGAUUUUAUAUUCUUCUGCGAUGCAAUCGCUUCGUGGGUAAACCCACCGCAGGAUUUGCAUCAAAUGAUACAAAAGAUUCUGCAUGGUUUCAAAACUCAAGUUGGUGAAGAAAACUGGCGUCGUUUCGUUGAUCAAUUUCCACCAACAUUGUCUGAACGGUUGGUGGCGAUGUACAGCAUAUAAAUUGGAAUCACAUUAAUGGCUUGGUAUGUGGUCAUAACUAUGUUGGGACGAAACGUAAGGGAAAAUAUGUUAAUUACAGUAGUUGAUACCUAUUGAUUUUCUUCAUUCGACGGAUUAUUUCUUAAGUUUAAAACUGGGAUAAAGCGAUGGAUUCGUACACAAAAUAUAAACUAUUAAUUAAUAUAUACAUAUAUAAUAGAUACGUCUGUCAGAACGAAAGGACAUUAAAUUGCUAAAUAUAAAUGGCUAUCAAAUUCAUGUAAACAUCAAAAAAUAUCAAGCACAAUUCUGUCGACAUUAAAAAUAGAGGUUUUUGAUAUUAAUGUCUUCUUUAACCACAAGUCUCGAUCUUGGUCAGCAAUGCAAGGUUAAAUGCAUAAAGUAUUUCUUAAGGAGAAUCUCGUUAAAUAUCGUAGUAUGCUUUCUUGUUUUAAGAAAAUUAUGUUACGUGCGUUUUACAACAUAUUUUUCCCGAAAUAUGUUAACGCCAAAAAUCUACAAUACUUAAGACUAUUUUUGAGUAGAUCACUCAAAAUUAUAUGUAAUUUUCGAAACAAUGUUAGGAAUAUGCAUUAUUAUUUUUAACAGUUAUGCUUACUUCGCGAUUAUAACUUAGAACGUACCCGUACUGAGCUUUGUUUAAUGCCUUGGUCUUAACACCACAUUCUUUGUAAGAUCAAUACCUUACAACCAUUUUGGUUUGUGCUAAUUCUUGAUUCAUUUUCAGUUUACAAUAAUCUCGGAUUUAUAGAAACAUUCUAUGUUAGAUACAAUUUUUAUUUAACCGCUGCCAAGUUUUCUCCCAAAUUUUGAUUUUUUUCUUGGAGAUUGUAGUUCCAACAACAUAUAUAAAAGCGAAUGUCGAGUUUCUGCUGCAGAGUUGAAAAUAUAGAAUGUGGUUAAAGAAGCAUUGACAUAGACAGUUUAAUGAAAUUUCGUGUGUAUGCAGUUACUAUAUUUUAUUACGUUUUAUAAUUUCCUUAGAAAAUGUAAGUUUUGUUUCGUUCGUACUUAAAUUGAAAACAUUUUGUUAUUUUUUUGAAUCUUAGCUUUCUUAUGGUGAAGAAAGGCGUUUAUUGGAAAUUAAUUUUUUUGUUAUCGCGUAAUUACAAUUUUGCCAAAAUAAUUAAAAUGAAAAACCUAAAUAUUUAUCUCAGUGAAGAAGAAUCGAGUUAAAAUGUGUUUUUGUUUGUGUAUAUAUGCACAUUCUUUCGACGUUCUUUGUUUUAAACGCUGCUUUUAAACACUUCUAUAUAUCUUAACUCUUUUUGCCUUCGCAGAGGUCUUAUUUUCGUUUCGGGUUUUAUCGGUAACGGGUUCGCGUUUUUAAUCGUCGUUCGUUCGUUCGUUCGUUAAUCAACUAAUUCUCUCGUCGGUCGGUCGUUCAAUCGUAACUAAAUUAUUGUUAGGGUUCGCGCUAUAGAACAAAUUUAAUAGAAACUCAUCUCUCCUUAGUAUAAACAAUAGUAUUAUAUUUAUUUUGUAACUAUCGCAAAUUCAUUUUUAAUGAAUGUUUUAUUUUUACUACUUUGGCUUUAAAAAGAUUGGCAGAAACAUAUUGUUUUCCUUUUCUAAAAGUGAAGGGAAACAAAAUGUACAGGUAUUUAUAAGAAGACCUAUUAAAUAAUUCUUGUCGUGUCAUUACUCAACAUAUUUCUUUUUUAUUUCAUUAAUAAAACAAAAGUAAACAAAAGACUUAUUUUUAUAAUUAUUAAUAAAAACAUGUAGGCUUACAACACAUCAUAAACGUGUAAAUUAAAAAUUCAAGAUAAAUAUUUUGUGUUUUAACAAAUAAUAAUUAAUGGGGAUUAUGUGAUCUGUCAAUACGUGUGAUAUAAAUUAAAAUUUCGGUUUCGCGUCGGGUAUCAAUUAAUAAUAUGGUCCUCCGCCCCGGGUCCAAAUAUAACUUAAUAAAACUAAAUCGUCGCGUAGUUUGUAUAUAAAAAUACAUAGAAUAGUAUUUAAAACGGUCGUGAUUUCGUAUGUACCUAAACCAAAUUCACCGCGGAAUUUGGUCGCGUUCGCGUUUUCUCUCGGGUGAUUAUUUAAAUAUAUAAGCUAAGAUAUAAUAAGAAAAAUACACAACAACUAUUUUCAUAAAAACUUGUAAAAACAAUAUUAAUAACGCAAGGUAUCAUUUAUUGAAACAUUUCUCAAAUUUGGUUGAUUCUUAAUAUUGAGUUGAAUAUUUUAAGUUUUUCUAUCAAAAAUCUGCAUACACCUUUUAUUAUAAACAUGCUACGUAUAUAUAUAUAUAACAUUAAAGCGACUAAUUUUGUCGUAGUAGGUACUGUAAACCACUUGAAGUUUAUAACAUUAUAACAUUUUAUCAAAUAUACAUAUAAAUACAGUUCAUAAUAAACUAA